AUGGACGAUUCGGAGAUUAAAAGCAGAGGUUACUAUUCCGAAAUAGUGACAGGAACUCCGGAACAUCCUGUAAAACCGGCAGUAGAUCGUCUGACAACUGCACCACGAAGAACAAAACUCACAUGGCAAGUUUUCACUCAGCAUCAUUCCGCUCGUGUGAGACAAUUACAGGAUCAGGAAACACACAAUUUUCUCGGCGAAGCUAAAAGAUGGAUGACUUUUCCAGAUGAUCGAUCAAUUGCCUUUCUCGCACAAACGUUCCUUCCCAAAGUGCAAAUGCAACAAAAUGUGCAUUCCAAGCAAAUUCCACGGAUCGUUGAGAUGGAAAGGAGGCGAAGAUCGUACAGGUACUUAAAAAUCCAGGACGCCUUGGAGUCAAUUGGCGUCUCACCAAAGGAUAUGCUGCCUUCGUCCGCCAUAUUGCCUCUACUAUCCCACGAGGAAACAUACGGCUUGUUUAGUACCGCACACUUCUUGCCUCUAGAAAUUUUUGACGAUGAAGAGUAUGAUUGCAGAACAACGGAAGACUGGAUAAAUCUCGGAAUUAUAGACGAGAAGCUCCAUCCGUUACCAGCUUCUGUCUUUGUCCCAAGAUUCCGAUCCGAGGACGAGGUGUUCUCCCUGGAUGACGAUCAUUUAAAUAAUCUUUUUUCUUGGACUAACGCUGCAGUCACUCAAUUCGAUCACAAGAGAAAAUUGUGGAGUGUGCUGACACUUGACGGCAGAAAACGGAAGUUCAAGUUACCAAGGAUAUAUAUACGAUUCUUCGCUGAAGAUCCUAGAACUUUCGCCAAUAGACUAGCGGCAGCCAUAGAACAGAGAGAAAUUGCUGAAUCUUCCAUAAAGUACAAUUUUUAUUUGGACUGCAUGCAAAUGGAUGGAAUGAAAACCCUGAGCGAGGAUCAAAAGGAAAAUAUUAUUCGCUUGAUUACGAAUAGCUCGAAAUUGAAACACGCGAAAAUAAUGUCGGGUGUCUCAAAAAUCACUUUUCAAAUGCUCAUUUAUCAAAACGAUCAUAAUGUUAUUUAGAAAGUCAAGAAGUACAGUCAUUGGAUAUCACUGUACGUUCACGAAGAAGUGUACGACGCGAUGGUGUGCAUCGAGAAGGAGUGCACGCAAGUGUCUUCCAUGAAUCUUUUCGCCACGUCGUACGGGAAACAAUUAACGUUGUCAGAAUUCGAAGAUUUGCAAAUUCAGACCACCGUGACUGUUAUCAAGUACCUGAAGGAGCCGUGGUUGGAGAAAAUUACGAAAUCGGUGAGGAUGUGCUUACGGGAUCUUGGCAAAGGCUGGUUCAACCUCGAGCAGAAAUACCACGCUGUGUACGACGUGAUGAAAUUAAAACGCUUCAUGAAUCUCACCACUCUUCGCAUGCAGUAUGCUCUGAGGAUUCUGGUGGAGAAUUCCAUCAAGCUAUACAGAGACAUCAUGGUGACUCCAGCACUGUGCGUUCUGGAUGUAGACGAAUCGUUUACAUGGGGUAACGAUCUCAUUAACACCCAAUUCAAGCCUGUCAGCAGUCCCAUCUUCAUUAUUGAUCUGCAAAUGGACGAAGAGAAUGUGUUUUACACUAGAGAUCCAGAGAAAUUUGUGGAAAGUAUCGUUACCUUGUACGAUAACGCACUGAUUGCCUGCCACCAAGUCAGACAAGUGCAUCCCUUCCUGCUUCCGAGACUGAAAUUCCCUAGUGACAUUUUCUUGAGUUCCGUUGGACUGCUCGAAGAUCAGGUAUGCAGAGUUCGCGAUAUCCUGAAAAUAGCUUACCAAAAGUCUACGAUACCCUUAAAAGCAUACGCAAAGGAAUACCUUCGAUACCAACUAUUCUUCAAUCUCGACAUCGAGAAGUACAUCGAGGACUACAAGGCGGAGGAGCUGAGCACUGCCGAGAUAAAGGAUGAAAUUGCGUUUCACAUCACGAUGGAAGAGAAUCUCAAGGUCACCCUGCCGAACACCAUACCCAUCGGUGCUUUCUUGGUGAACGUUCUUCCCUUAAAGGAUUUCCUCAUGCAGAAACGCUACAAAUGCGCCACGAGUUUGCUCGUUAUGCUCACCGAGAGGCUACGGGACUCGGUUGAUAGCAUCCUCGAGGAAUACACGCAGAUAAGGUAUAAAUUGAAAGAAGUGCCGCAGAGUAUCGAGCAUAUAUUCGAGAUACGUGAAUGGAUGGAGACAAUACCGCUUCGAGUUCGCGAUCUUGAAGAGAGAAUGAGCACAUUGAAAUUUGAUUUCGACGUUCUUGAUAUAUUCUAUUGGAACAUAUCCGAUGAAGACUUCCAGGCGAAGUGGGAAGCCAUUGGAUCACCCCUUCAGAUUGAGAAAGAGGUCGCUGAGACGAACGAACAAUUGGUGGAGGAGCAGGACAAGUUCUACAAGAUCCAGCUGCAGGAUGAGGUCCUGCUAGAAGAGAAGGUAGACACCUUAGUGAGCAACGUGGCAAAUAUAGCUCUUCAAACAGAUAUUAACCGCAUACACGAAACGGCACUCGACGUGAAGCGAAUCUGGAAAAUUAUGGCCGAUUGUCGAGAGACGGGGCUGUUGCUAAACGAACGACAAAAGCUGUUUGGCAUGAAAGUGGAGCCCUUUGAACAUCUGCACAAACUCAUGAGGGAAUUUGAACCUUACAGAAGUCUAUGGAUCACUGCCUCAGACUGGCUUAGAUGGCACGAGAUAUGGAUGGACAAUUCUCUGAUGAACGUUGAUGGCACUCAGAUCGAUACUCUCGUUGUUGAUAUGUACAGGGUUAUGACUCGAGCAAUUAGAACCUUCCAAGAAUUUCCAAAGGUGCAAGUAAUAGCAAUUGCAAUAAGAGAUCAAAUAGACGAGUUCAAGCCCUAUAUCCCUCUGAUACAAGCGCUCCGAAAUCCAGGAAUGAAGGACCGCCAUUUCGAACAGCUAAGCGCGCAGACUGGAAUACAAAUGGCGCUUAAGCCGACUAUAACAUUCAAAUCGCUGUUAAUGCUCGGUGUUAUGGAGUUCGAGGAGCUGAUAAAAACUGUUUCCGAAACUGCAGCCAAAGAGUAUGCUACGGAACGAACAUUGAAUAAAAUGAUAGAAGAAUGGGAAACAAUUGUUAUGGAGACACUGUCAUAUAAGGCCACUGGCACGUACAUAAUAAAAGUCUCAGAGGAAACGUUGAUGCUGUUAGACAAUCACAUCCUCAGCGUGCAGCAGCUAGCGUUCAGCCCCCUGAAGACUGCUUUCGAAGACGAGAUCAACGAAUGGGAGUUGAAGCUAAAGUUGACGCAAGAAGUACUGAUCUUAUGGCUUCAGGUGCAAAGGGAUUGGAUGUACCUGGAGCCAAUAUUCACUUCGGAGGACAUUAAGGUGCAGCUGCCAGCAGAGACCAGGAAGUACAACGCUAUGGAACGGAACUGGAGACGCAUUAUGAAGAACGCUCAUGAAAACCCUUAUAUUAUCAAGAUAUGUCCCGAUGAGAAUCUCCUGGAGAGCCUGCAAGAGUGUCAGAGCCUGCUAGAAGUGGUACAGAAAGGUCUAUCCAACUACCUGGAAAUGAAGCGAAAAGUGUUCCCUCGAUUCUAUUUCCUCAGCGACGAGGAGCUUCUGGAGAUUCUAGCCCAGGCGAAGAACGUGCAAGCGGUGCAGCCGCAUCUCAGGAAGUGUUUCGAAAAUAUCCUCGAAGUGAGAUUCGAGGAGGACCUGCAGAUCACCCGUAUGUAUUCCGCUGAAGGGGAGGAGGUGGUGCUUCAACCACCGAUGUACCCUGUGAGGAGCGUGGAGUAUUGGUUGGGUGAUCUGGAAACAGUGAUGCGUGAAACCAUCAGAGAGAUCAUUCGCGAGGCCCUGCAGGUUAUCAAAGUGAUUCCGAGGAAAGUGUGGGUAUACAUGUGGCCUGGACAGGUGACCCUUUGUUGCGGCCAGACAUAUUGGACUGCGCAGGUGGAGAAUGGAAUCUUGACCAAUACUCUCCCUAACUAUUACCAGGAACUGCUGGGUCACUUGGAUGACUUACGCGAGCUGGUACGGGGUUCACAAACCGAUAUCCAGAGACUGAUGCUCGAAGCGGUAAUUACGAUCGAGGUGCACGCGCGAGAUGUUUUGUACACACUGUUGCAGGAAAAAGUGUCCAAUGUAAACGAUUUUGAUUGGAUUUCUCAGCUUCGCUACUACUGGGUGGACGACAGCGAUCUGAAAGUGCGUGCCGUGAAUGCAGAAUUCCCAUACGGGUACGAAUAUUUGGGAAACACUGGCAGACUGGUUAUCACUCCUUUGACUGAUCGAUGUUACCUAACUCUAACUGGGGCACUGCAUUUGAAAUUCGGCGGUGCACCAGCUGGCCCUGCUGGAACUGGCAAAACGGAAACCACGAAAGAUCUCGCGAAAGCGUUUGCCAUACUAUGUGUAGUAUUCAAUUGCUCCGAUCAAUUGGACUUCAUGUCGAUGGGGAAAUUUUUCAAGGGUCUUGCAAGUGCAGGUGCAUGGGCUUGUUUCGACGAAUUCAAUAGGAUAGACAUCGAGGUGCUGUCUGUUAUCGCGCAGCAGAUUAUGACGAUUCAACAAGCGCAACAAAUGCGAGUUGAUAAAUUCAUUUUCGAAGGGGAUGAAAUCGUUUUGAAACCAUCCUGCGCGGUAUUCAUCACUAUGAAUCCUGGCUAUGCGGGUCGAACAGAAUUACCAGACAAUUUGAAGGCUUUAUUUCGUCCUGUGGCAAUGAUGGUUCCAGAUUACGCAUUGAUCGCCGAAAUUUCCCUAUUUUCCUACGGUUUCUCCGAUGCGAAAACAUUGGCUGGGAAAAUAACGACCACGUUUAAAUUAAGCUCGGAACAAUUGAGUACGCAGGAUCACUACGACUUCGGAAUGCGAGCUGUGAAGACGGUCAUCGCGGUGGCGGGAAAUUUGAAAAGGGAGCAGAAAGACUUAAACGAGCAACAGAUCUGUCUACGAGCAUUAAGAGACGUAAAUGUUCCAAAGUUCUUGAAAGAUGAUUUGACGUUGUUCAGUGGUAUCGUGUCUGACCUGUUCCCACGUUUAAAAGAGAAACACGUGGAUUACGGGGUUUUGGAAGCACAAAUUCGCGCAACGAUUGUAAAUAUGGGCCUGGAAGAAAUUGAUGAGUUCGUGAGGAAAGUGAUCCAGCUAUAUGAAACCACAGUAGUGCGGCACGGAUUGAUGCUCGUUGGUCCAACUGGGUCGGGAAAAACAAAGGUCGAAGCGCAAUCUCAACUCGAGUUUACGUUUGGGACGUCAAUUGCUUUGAAAGACGGGCACAAAGGUAUGGGAACAUAUACAGAUCAUUCAAGAUCUUUAAGAAAAAUCUUAGAAAAGAGAUUCAAUGACAAAUUGUUAUUCUGCUGCUAUAAGCAGCAACAAAUUGAACAAAUUAACCAAAUUUAA